UUACCUGAAAGACAAGUUCAGGGCUAAAAUGUUCACUUCCACAGCCGGGUAGCCUGUCGUUUGACAGAUCCAGCAGACUUCUCAGCUUCGCUUUCCUGUCUGUUGACUUGCUUCGGGUUAGUUUUACUCGAUAAAACGUCGUUAAAUCUGUCUUAGGAUGAAAUCUGGUCCCAAUAUAAGUUUAAUUGUUUUAUCAAGAAGCUUGUUUGCUAACCAACUGCCAUUGCUAACGACAUCAGGCUAGCAACGGGGAGCCUCCCAACAGCUGGUAGAGCCACAUCGUUACCUUCUCCUUUCAGUUUUGUAGUUUAUAAAUAGUAUUCCUGUAUUUCUACGUCUGGAUAGAGGUGUGUUUUCUUUACCUAGGCAGCUAUUUGUACUUGUUUUUGUUUUUUUAUUUUUUCAAUAGGAGUCAACGAGUCUUUUGUAGCUUUCUUUCUCCUUUGUUUACAUGGAGACACUUCGUCAGAGAGGUUUUGUUUCCAUGAAGUGGUCCUAUUAAGAUUGGACAAACAACAGGGCAACAAAGCUGGGAAAAUGGACACUAGGAGGUAGCUAAAAUUGUGCUGUUUCUCUACCAAAACAAGAGGAUGAGCUGGGGUCUGACAGGGGACAGUUGUGCCAGCUGGACUGUUUGAUUUGCGUGGGUGUUGGAUAGAGAGGAGUUUGUUUGUUCCCAUUAAAGUUGAACGUUAUGUUAGAACACAUGAUGAGACUUGGUGCUAAAUCUCAGAGGAAACCGGGUCUCUGUUUUGGAACCGAUAUGUUGCUAAAGACGCUUCUGAUCACCAGUCUUCUUAGCUGGGUGAAUUGUUUGGAGAAUCAGAGCAUGACACCAGAGGAGAAGACCAACAUCAGAAACCAAAUUCUGGAGAUGUUUGACCAUGCCUAUGGAAGUUACAUGAAAUAUGCCUAUCCAGCAGAUGAGCUGAUGCCGCUAAGCUGCAAAGGGAGAGUACGCGGAGAAGAGCCUAACAGAGGGGACAUUGACGACUCCUUGGGGAAGUUUUCUCUCACUCUGAUUGACACCCUAGAUACCUUAGUGGUGCUGAACAAGCUGGACGAGUUUGACGACGCAGUGAAGAAGGCUGUGAGGGACGUACGCUUGGACAACGAUGUGGUGGUGUCCGUGUUUGAGACCAACAUCAGGGUUUUAGGAGGGCUUUUGGGGGGACAUGUGAUGGCUGACCUGCUCAGGCAGCGUGGGGAGAGGAUGCAGUGGUAUCGUGACGAGCUCCUUCACAUGGCCGUCGAGCUGGGCCACCGACUGAUUCCUGCCUUCAACACCUCCAGUGGCCUUCCCUACCCUAAGGUGAAUCUGCGGUACGGCAUCUUGAACCCACUUUCACGCACCGGCACUGAAUCGGACACGUGCACAGCGUGUGCAGGGACCAUGAUCCUGGAGUUUGCCGCUCUCAGCAGGCUGUCAGGAGAGUCCGUGUUUGAGGAACAUGCUAGGAAGGCCCUGGAUGUCCUCUGGGAGAGGAGACAGAGAGGAAGUGACUUAGUUGGAACUGUGAUCAAUAUCCAUAAUGGAGAAUGGGUUAGGAAAGAUAGCGGUGUUGGCGCAGGAAUCGACUCGUACUACGAAUAUCUGAUGAAGGCCUACAUUCUUUUAGGAGACAAUACAUUUUUGCAGAGGUUCAACAUUCACUACAGUGCCAUUAUGAAGUACAUCAGCCAGCCUCCUCUCCUGCUCAACGUGCACAUGCACAAUCCCACUGUGAGUGUUCGCAGCUGGAUGGAUUCGCUGCUCGCUUUCUUCCCUGGAUUACAGGUUUUAACAGGCGAUCUGAAACCAGCCAUAGAGACUCAUGAGAUGCUAUACCAAGUCACAAAGCAGCACAAGUUUCUCCCAGAGGCUUUUACCACAGAGUUCAGAGUUCAUUGGGGUCAACACCUGCUGAGACCAGAGUUUGCAGAAAGCACCUACUACCUCUUUAAGGCCACUGGUGACCCUUACUACCUCAGAGUGGGACAAUCCAUAGUGGAAAAACUCAAUGCCUUUGCCAGGGUGCCUUGCGGUUUUGCUGCUGUGCAGGACGUCCGCACUGGGACACAUGAAGACAGGAUGGACUCGUUCUUUCUGGCAGAGAUGUUCAAAUACCUCUACCUGCUGUUUUCGGAGAAGAGCCAGCUGCCGAUUAACAUGGACAACUACAUUUUCACCACAGAGGCUCACCUACUGCCCGUCUCUCUGUCCACGACUCAAGUCACCGUCCAGACCAACGUUACGGAGGCUCCUGUUGCUCAUGAUGAGGAUCUAUUUACACACUCCUGCCCCAGCACAGAGACAUUGUUCCCAAACAACCCAUCGUUUGCCAAAACCAUUAGGGACGGCUACAAGUACCUGACCGGCGUGGGACGAGCCUUCACUCCUCUACCCAUCAGGGAAAUUGAGCUGCCGCUCCAUGAUAGUGGCAUGGAACCAGUGGAGUUCUUGAAGAGCAUGGGCAUCUCUCUCACCCCUCUGAAUGACUUUACCCUGGGAGACUCUAUUGGUUCAAAGCAGCAUAAAGGAGUGUUCCGCGUAAAGCUUGUCGCAGAAGUGAGCCAGACGAUAGAGGAGGAGCUGGUGGUGCCGCACGCCGUUCAGCUCAUAUCUCCUCCGUUUCUGGGUAGGACGGUCCUCACUGCAGGACCUGCCAAGUUUGGGAUGGACCUGACCAAGCAGGAGCACGGGGUGAAAGGAACCAUAGUGAAAGCUUCCCCCUACACUGCCUGUGGGCCAAUAGAAAAUGCAGCAGAGGUUAAAGGUCGUAUUGCACUUGCAUUACGCGGUGACUGCAUGUUUGCAGCCAAGGCUCGUUGGCUGCAACAAGCUGGAGCCGGUGGAGUCAUCUUUAUAGAUCAUCGCGAAGGAAGCAACAGCGAGGAGACUCCCCUCUUCCAGAUGGUCGGAGACGGUGACUCCACCGAAGACAUCGCCUUACCUUUAGUGUUUCUGUUCAGCCGGGAGGGCGCCGUGCUCACCUCCGCCCUGGAGGAACAUCACAAUGUGGAUGUGUUGCUGCUGCCGAAGGAGAGGCAGCUGGGACAGGAUAAAUCGGAAAACCCUGUCAGCAUGAACAUAAAACUCCGCCUGAGAGAGGAGGGGGGGUCGGAGGACAGAGCAGCUCCAGGAGCCACACUGGAGCUGGUUUUGGAGGACGAAGAAGAGCUUAGUGGAAAACAACAGUCACCGCACCAACAGGUCUGCACUCAAGGCAGAACUGGACCCUGUUCUACAGACUCUCCGCAAGCCCUGAACUCCAAACCCGAACCAGGGACAAACCCUUGACCGCUGUGGUUCCCAAAUGCUGGCGGCUAGUUGGUUUGUGAGCAGCAUGUGGCCCCUCUCUCUGCUCUGCAGCACAGCCUGCAAUGUUUACAAUUAACAGGGAGGAUAUGAAUUUACUGCUACAUGUUUAUGACACAGUGAGAUCAGAGGGAUUCUGCUCUCAACCAGAACAUUAGUUGGAGCUACAAACAGCUUGUGGCUGCGAUGUUGUGUCCAGUAGAGCAGGAUUUAAAGUCGUCCUAACCUAGGGGGAAGAGGCAACAAAAUGUAUGCAAUUUGCUUUUAAUCUAGAUUGCACCUUUUUAACUUCUUCAAAUACUGUUUUAGCGGUCUGUAAUGAUCGGUGGAGUCUUACUUGGCCAGUAGGUGGCGUCGGCUUCCAUAACGCCUCUGUUGCACCACGUGUAAGGUGGAUGAAGGAGACAAAUCUUGGGUUCUUUUGGAACGUACAUUUUGUACUAUGUAGAAACUUCAGGGACUUGAUGAGUGAAUGCAGUAUGCAAGGUUGACCAAUAUUUUUAUUUUUUUAAUGUGCACGUUUGAGAGGGAUGUUUUGCACUUAUUUUGGCUAAUUAAAGAGUUAGCAUUAGACUGUGUGAGUGUAGUUUAUUAAUUAGGCUAUAUUUAUAUAAAAAUGCAUCUCGGUUGAAACCUCUAAACCUAAUCAUGCAAAUAACAAGUAAGAAGAGAAAAUUGUGAGUAAUAUUUGAGAUUCAUUGUAGGCUUUGGUUCUUAAUAUUGUAUUUGUACAAAUUUUAGGAAAAUUAAUUUCAAAUUACUUUGUGAAAAAAGUGAAAAACACAUUAAAUCCGUCUUGCAGUCUGGUGUGAUCAUAUCCGAUCAUUAGCUCUGAACUUAUUGUAUAUUCCAACUAUGUUUAAAUCCCAUGGCAAUACCUAAUAUAAAACCAAAGUUAAACAUCUCCACGCAGAGAAAAUGCUUUUCAACAUUUAGUUGUGAAUGUUUUCUUUUCAGGUGUGCAGCAAGAUUUCGCUUCAUGUUUGUCACAGUUGCAUAAGAAAUAGAAAACUUUUCUCCUCAAGAAAUUUGAAUGCUGUCCAGGAUGAGUUUUGGAUUUAUUUGCACCGGUUAGCAGUCCAGUUCACAUUGUGAAGUAUUUCACGGGCAUUAAUAUGUGCAAUGACUUAAAUUUGUUGUUUCUUCAGUCACUUUCUGUUGCUGGUUUUUGUUCUCACUACUCAUAAGUUGCACAUUUUACACUUAAUGUUUUUUGACCAGUGGAUUAAUUUUCACACUCAAAACUGAUUUUAGAUCAGAAAUCCGAUAGAGUUUUAUAGGGCAAAGAGACUUCUCUAAGAUUUAUUGCUAAGUUUUCUUUUUUACCUCAGGUCUGGGUACAUUAUUUUUCAUGCAGAAUAAAAUGCCAAUAGAGGGCAAACCAAGAACACCUUUUUGUUAUAUUUUAGAUAUUUUAUGUUAUUUAUUGUUAUUUCUCUGAUUAACAACUGCAGCCUAAAAUGUGCCAAAAGAGCUGCAAUAAUCUCUACACAUUAUGUUUUCUUUCAGGUGCAAGCAGAGGGAGUCCUAGUAGGUUUCGUUCUUUAACUAAUAUUUCUGUAAUUGAGCCUUUGCCAUAUUUUUUUAGUUUCUGUGAAAUGUUUUAGGAGCAUUUGAAUGUUUGUGGACUUGACGAUUUGCUUCUAAUUGUUGAUUUCCGUAUCCAUAGAGUGACAUUUUACGUUGACCAAUCAUGAAAAUAUGAGACAUUCAUCCAGGUGAAUUUGAGAAUAAAGAUGCUUGUAACUUCCUUUUA